AUGCCUCUUUACGUCAGUAAAGGGGAGUCGACAAAAACGACAACGUAUUUAUGGAGUAGCGUAAUUCCCCGUGGGGAUACUCCCCCACAUGGCUGCUGCCAUUCACUGGUGAACUACAAGGAUGAAUUUCUUGUUCUCUUUGGGGGUGGCGCCCUCCAUUAUGUAUACAACGAUGUAUACUGCUUUGAUCUCAAAACCUUUACGUGGACUUACAAGGAAACAAUCAAUGGGGACAUAGUUGCCCCACGCAUUAGUCACUCCGCCGUUGUGUAUGGCGAUAAUAUGUAUGUGUAUGGUGGAUAUCAUUUAUAUAUGCCUGUACUAUUCUCGGAGGUUCUUGUACUUAACUUGAAGACAUUUACCUGGUCAUGUUUACAUCAUGCACCGCCAGAACCAGAAGGCCCGGGAGAACGACGCCUACACAGUGCUCAUGUGUACCGCGAUCACAUGUACGUUCUAAUGGGGGAGCCAUGCAGUACGUCAACGUGUUUCUGGUAUUUAGACUUCAAUACACACAAAUGGCAUCCCGUACAAUCUUUUGGUCUUUUCGGGAAGCCUAUAGUACCAUUGAUAGGCCAUAGUGCGCAGGUAGAGGGUGAUUAUUUAUAUGUCUUUGGGGGAUAUCAUACACAUACGAUGUCUCAGACGGGAAGCUUUGUCUACAGCAAUUCCCUUUUCUACUACCACUUCCCAACGAACAUGUGGCGUGAGGUAUUACCAUAUUGUGGCCCUCGCCCCUUUCCACGUUACUCUUCUGCGAUGGUUGUGCUGCAAGGACGUGUGUACAUCCAUGGCGGUGACAACGACGGAAAUGUCUACUUUGAAGACUUUUGGUGCAUUCACACUAAGACACAACUUCCGCGGUGGAUAGAUCUUACUUUGAGCUGCGGGAAGGCACAUCCAAGCGCUCGCAGCGGCCACGCGUAUGUUCUUGCUCAAGGCUCACUCUUUGUCUACGGUGGAGAGUUGCCAGGGGACACGGAUGUGCUUUACUACUCAAAUCGUUUCUAUCGUUAUCCUUUGGGCCUCUUCACACAUUUGUCAUUGACGGAGCUGGCCUCCCGCUGGCUGGCGAAAUCCAAUCAGGUGAAUGUAAGGGUACUUCAAGAGUGCAUUCCUCGCGGGCCGAGGGCGGCGUUGUCUCGCAACUCACCGGAGGCGGUAACGGAGGACGUGGAUGCACUUAUGCCAUGCACCAGAUCGCUGUGA